UAGGCCUGGGAAAGUCGGCCGGCCGUCCCUUCCUUUCUUCCACCAGCGUGCACACACAGACUCCACUCUUUGUUAAACUGGACUAGAGCAGGAAAAAGAAAGGACGCAGACUGCCGCACACAAAGAGCUACAGCAGCCUUUUUUUCCGGAUGGGGUUUUCUCCUUCACAGAUGACAAUCUCCGUGCAUAGAUAUGAUCCCGGGGAACAAGGCUGUGCACUGACCUGGUACUAGGUAGCCAAGCAAGCAAACUAGUUAGCUCUGCACCUGCUAGCCACCAUCUGUCUGUCAAACUUAGCGGCGAUAAAUAGCCUGUAAAACGGGCUUUAAACAUUUCGCCUGUCCAUUUUUUUGUGUGUGUGCCUGCAAGCUGUGUCUAACCAGUUGUUUCGUUAUAUGACACGGGCUUUAGCAUUAACCGGCAAGAUAAGCUAGCAAACAAGCUGCGGCUGAUCUUAGCACUUCAUUCAUUGGAAAAGCUGACUUUGGCUGCCUUUGUUGCAUCUUCGUCGUGGCGCUGCUAACGUGAAUGAAAUUGCAGCAGGUCUGUGCGAAGAGUUCUUAGUCAGCCUGGAGCGGUAGUUUGUUUUUGUUUUUUGUUUUUUUACUUUAGCCUGGGAUUAUUUCUUGAAUGGAAAACAAAGGGGUACAAAUGAACGGCUAAACUCGGGGAAAAAAAAACCCUUUUUGUUGUGUUAACGGUCAUUCGAUAGUCUGACGUUUCCAGCAGCCUGGUGCAAUUACAUCGUUUCCGAAUUAGUUUCUUUUACGUUAUUUAUAAAAGUAUUGGACGAUUUUGCGACAUUGUACUGAGUUUACAACAAAAGUGGUGCCUAAUCGAGGAGGAAGAGAAGAACGAGGAGGAAGGCCCGCGAUAUUCUGGAGUUAUCACACUUAUUCCUCAUGAACAUACAGAGGUCAAAUCCAAUUAACAUUUCACGUUAUGGGAGAUCGCGGCACAAAUCGCACGAUUUCGAAGAAUCGUCUUGCCUAAGGACUACAGAGUCGCACCAAAGUUUCAGUCCCAACCUCGGGUCCCCCAGCCCGCCGGAGACCCCGGAUUCCUCGCACUGUAUCUCCCGCAUCGGGGACUACCUUUUGUUGGAGCCUCUGGAGGGAGACCACGUUUUCCGAGCCGCCCACCUACACAGCGGGGAAGAGCUCGUAUGUAAGGUUUUUGACAUUGGCCGAUACCAGGAGUCACUGGCGGCCUACUUCGCCCUGGGGCAACACCAGCAUAUUAACCAAAUCUUGGAGAUCUUGCUCGGAGAGACGCGUGCCUAUGUCUUCUUUGAGAGAAGCUAUGGCGACAUGCACUCUUUUGUCCGCACCUGCAAGAAGCUGCGGGAGGACGAAGCUGCCAGACUCUUCUAUCAGAUAGCCUCGGCUGUGGCACAUUGCCACGACAGCGGACUGGUCCUCCGUGACCUCAAACUGAGGAAGUUUGUCUUCAAGAAUGAGGACAGAAAUUUGGUGAAGCUGGAGAGCCUCGAGGACACUUACAUCCUGGACGGUCACGAUGACUCCCUGUCAGACAAACAUGGCUGCCCGGCCUAUGUAAGUCCUGAGAUCCUCAAUGCCAGUGGCAGUUAUUCAGGAAAGGCAGCUGAUGUCUGGAGUCUGGGCGUCAUGCUGUAUACCAUCCUCGUGGGGCGCUACCCUUUCCAUGACAUUGAGCCCGGCUCUCUGUUCAGCAAAAUCCGCAGGGGUCACUUCAACAUCCCUGAGACGCUCACGCCCAAGGCCAAGUGCCUGAUCCGCUCCAUCCUCAGGCGGGAACCAGCAGAGCGCCUCACCUCUAGGGAGAUACUGGAGCACCCCUGGUUCGCCUCUUCUGGGGUGGUUGGGGGCCCUGCGAUGCACGGCAGAGGAGAAAGAGAACAGGAGCAGAUGGUGCCUGAGGUGAACAUGGAAGAGGAGCUGGAGCAGUUCUUCAGCUGAGCGAACAGCAAGCACAAACGGACGACUACCCCACGGUCGGCUCGCCACACUCACUGCAGAGCCAGAAACAGUAGUUUAGAGAUUAAUAGGUGAACAUUUGUCACCCAUAAUAAAGGUGUUUCCAUCCUGUUUCCUUUUCCACCACUUCAUGGAAAACCUUGAGCCUAGCAUGACAAAUGGCAUCUAUGUGUCACCUGGCGAUGCACCUCCUUCUCAGGGGUGUUGCCACCAGACAUGCAAGUUGCAAACAAUGUAGCAAAUGUUCUUUUUUGGAUCUGUUUGGUCUAAUGUGAUGCUCAUAAAACUAAACACAUUCACCAUUUUUGACACUAUGGAAAGCAUGAAGGGACGUAAGAACAGAGCAAACCAAGGAGAACAAUUCAAAAUGAACUGACAAAAUAGCAAAGCCACACCAAACCACAACCCCAGGUUCUGUUGUUUAACUUAAUACAAGGUGAUAAUCCCUGACCUAGGACCACUGGGGAAGAAAUGAGCUUUUUCUCAUCAUCACCAUCAACAUGUUUGACCUCAGCUUUAUUUUAUGAUUAGGUUUCCUCAUUUAUCUCAGUUUUACGUCGUUGAAAAUUCUGUCAUAGUUGUUAAAGUCCUUGACCGUCUUUUUAGUCCUUUCUAUGUUUCUGCCUCUUCAGUUUUUAAAGCCUUUAUCCCACUUUUGUCUUUCAGUGUCAUUACUUUUAUAAACCCUCAUUUAUUUUUGUUGUUUUUAAGCUAUUUCAGUUUGUUGUGCUGCUUUAAUAUCACUCCCUCAGCCUCACUCUUUUCUCUCUCUCGGUAAGCCUUCAGACAUGGCAUCAUGCACUCGAUGUGUUAGGUGAAUGGACAGUUCCACUUUUUAAAAUUAGCUUCCUCUUAUUUAAAUUCCUUCUUCAGUUGUAGAAGCAAGAACGUAACAUUUAUUUAAA